AUGACUAUGGAAACAGACAAUGCGGAGGAGAAUAAAGAUGAGGCGAUGGUGAGAAUCCCAGACCAUCUCCUUCUUUCUUCUUCUCAAACUUCUAAUAAAAUAAUGAAAGAGAACGAUGUCGUUUUACUUCACAUGAACAACAGCCGGUGGCAAUUUGUGAACUUGAAACCGAAGAAAACGUGCGCGGUCGGGAAACAUAAGAACGUGAAAUUAGACCCGCUCUUGAAUUCUAUUCCCUUUGGUUCUUUGUUUGAAGUCGAUCAGAAAGGGGUAUUAGAACACGUCGGCGUGGAGAUGUUGGAAGAGGAUGAAAUACACGCACAAAUUCCAGUCGAAGACGAGAGGUCGAAUAAAGCCUACGACGACUUGAACGGGAAGGCGCAAAAGUUGAGCGAUAAAGAGAUACAAAGAAUGCAACAGUCUGGAGUUUCCGGACAGGCCAUCGUGGAUGAGCUCGUUGCAAAUUCAGCGACGUUUAGCCAAAAAACCGCGUUCGCGCAGGAAAAGUACAAGAUGAAAAAAAUGAAGAAACACUUGACGAAAAUCAUCGCGCGGUGGCCGUCGCCGAGGUACGUCUGCGAGGCGUAUUUUUACAAGUCACCACAAAUUACGAAUAGCUUAAGAUUUGAUAUACUAGGAUUGAUGAUGAAUUUAGGGAACGUUAUGGCAAAUUCGCAGCCGCUGAUCGUGGAGGAUUGCGGAGGGGUCAUAGUUGGAGCGGCGGCGACAAGAAUGGGAGGGAAAGGCGUCGCGUGCGCCGGGUACGUAGGGGAGCAUCCGAGUUCGAUGGAAACAAUUAAACAGAUGAAUUUAACAGACGAAGAAAGAAGCGUGAUUAUGACUAUAAGUUUGAGAGAGUUGGCGAAAGAAAAGAAAAGAUGGGAGGAGGAACUCGAGAAUGGUUUGGAAUUGAAAGAAAGAGAGGAAGAUGGGAAAGAUGGAAAAGAUGCCACUGCGAACAACAAAAACAAUAAUAACAAUAAUAAUAAUAAUAAUAACAACAACAAUGGUAACGAUAGCAUUCCGAGCAAGAAAAAGCAUUCAAAAGCUACAAAAGCAGACGUGGAGUAUUUUGUCAGACAGGAAAAGUUCACCUCUUUGAUACUCGCGCACCCGCAGUUGGAUCCGAAAACAACCCUACCACAAUUAUUGGAGUUUUGCGCAAACUCAACGCCUUUCAUCGUGUGGAGCAUGACCCUCCAGCCUUUAGCCGAUGCCAUGCAUGUUUUGCGAAAAAGAGGUCUUGCUGUUUCAAUGACUAUCUCUGAGCCAUUUCUGAGGGAUCAUCAAGUGUUGCCAGGGAGAACGCAUCCGGUUAUGACGACCGAGGCAAACAGCGGCGGGUACAUCUUAAGCGGCACGCACGUGCGAAAGAAUAAGAACAACAAUAGCAGAAUAAGCGAUGUCAAAGCGACUGGAGAAGAAAAAGUAGAAGUAAAUAUAGAAAAAAAGAGAAACGGCGACGAUGGAGAUGAUGAUGAUGAUAGCGAGAACAGAGAGAGUAAAAAGCCUCGACGCGAAUGA